AUGUUGGAAAGGCAAAGGGAAAGAGUGAAUUUGCAACAAGUAUUGGGUCAUUACUAUCCUCCAUGCCCUGAACCAAAAUUGACCAUGGGCACUUCUAAGCAUACUGACCGCAACUUCAUGACAUCACUCCUCCAAGACCAACUCGGGGGACUUCAAAUUCUUCAUGAGAAUCAGUGGCUUAAUCUUCCUCCUAUGCAUGGAGCUCUUGUCAACAUAGGUGAUCUUCUACAUCUUAUAACAAAUGACAACUUUGUGAAUGUUUUCCACCGUGUCUUGUCAAAUCAUAAAGCGCCAAGAAUUUCAAUUGCAUGUUUCUUUGUAAAUUCCAAGGACCCAUGCGAGGCCUCGUCAAAGAUAUACGGUCCUAUUAAAGAACUGUCAGAAGAGAAUUCACCAAUCUAUCGGGACACAAGCAUAGCAGAAUUCACGGCACACCAUUACAAGAAGGGGCUCGAUGGAAAUUCUGUUUUGGAGCGUUUUAAGUUUUGAAAUAAUCAGAUUCGAUAGAAUCUGCAUUCUGGAUUUUUAUGGAGAUGGAAGUAAUAGUGUGUUAUCAUAAGUGUGCAUUUUAGACUUUGUAUGUUAAAGUUAUCUAUCAAUAAGGACAUGGAAUGUAAUAGUGUUAUCAUAGUUUGUUAUCAUAAGU